AAAACUAUAAAUUAAUAAAUCGUUAAGAGCCAAAGAAAAUGGAAGAAAAGCAGCAAAUAGCUGAGGCAUUGGGGGAUAUGGGAAUUCCUUUCCCUGAGACAGCGACCGGGAGGCAACUAAAGAGUUUGCUGGCACGUGCAGUAGGCGCGCCUCAAGAGGACGAAAGCCACUUAAGCGAGAUAACCUCAGCAGGGACCUGUAGCGAAACUCCGGCAAUAGGUCGCCAAGCACUAAAAGCAUUCAGCAAGGAGCAGCAGCAACCGGCGAAAAACAAGCAGAGACCGAAAGCGUAGCCUCAGCAGUAGCGAAUAAUGAACCUUCCGCUACUUCCGUCACCUCCGUUCCGAUACCUCCGUUAUGGCAAAAAUCCGUAAUACAGUUAUGGGCAGCGACGCCACUUCCAUUCAGCAGAUAGCCAACCUUCAGCGAACUUCAGGCCCAACCAAUCAAUAUACCUCAGUACCAAGCCCAGACGUCGGCGUCAGCGUCGGCUUCACAUCCGAUCUAACGGAACUCGAGCUGCAGUUCCUGAAACUGCAAAAGCAAAUAACGGAGUUGGAAAAAGUCGCAAUGGCACGCCAGCUGCCCGUUAGCUUUUCCGACAUCGAAAAUGCGAUUGCAAAGUUUAGCGGCGACAACAAAGCAGAUGUACUCAAAUGGAUUCGCGACUUCGAAAAUAUAACUGAGUGCUAUGGCUACGACGAUGUAGCAAGGCCUCUACUGGCACGCCGCAUGCUUACUGGCAAUGCUCAAUUAUACUUGAACUUGAAUGCUGACUCUUGGGGCGAGCUGAAAGUCGCCCUCAUCAAAGAGUUUAAAAAGCCAGUAAGCAUAAAAGAAACCUUUAAGAAAUUAGAGACUAGAGUAUGGCGGAAAGAUGAAAGCCCAAUCGAGCUGGUAGAGUUUAUUGUAGACGGGCUGCAAGAUAAUUCGGGUAACGCCUUAAUCUUCAGCGGGGUGUCUACGCUAGAAGCACUAAAAGCCUUGUUGUCAAAGUACGAAAAAAUGGUUCAGAAACGCGUGAGCCGAAACACCACUGGGGCAACGAGGAGUGGAAGUGAGGAGAUGCGGUGCUACAAUUGCUCACGCUACGGUCACAACGCUAAGGACUACGGGCAAGAGAAGAGGCCGAAAGGUUCCUGCUUUAAAUCCAUCUCCAAGGACUGCCCAAGGAAGACGGUAGCAGCGUUGGAAGGCGAGGACUAUCAGCCAGUUAGCUUUAGAGAAAUGCCCGAGUAGCUUCAAGCACUAUAAACCACAAAAGGGGAAUGAAGAGCAGUUUAUGAGCAUUGGACAGUCCCAAACAAAACCCAAAGGAGAAAUUUUAGUUUUAAUUAAAUUUCGAAAUAUUAUAAAACCUUUGAGACUUUUUGUUCUAAAUGAGGCUGAAAUGCUAUUUAAGUUACUUUUGGGAAGAGAUUUUCUCAAAAAAUUUGAUAUUCACGAACAGUGAAAAUAAUGAAUUUAAUAAAAUCAGUACAUGUAAACCUAACGAGGAGCCUCUUUUAAUUCCGCUUGGUAAUAAUUGUGAAAAGGCAAAUUGUAGAA